AUGACCGGCAAUGAAUACCAUAAAGUCAAGUUCGAAAAGGCCCUCGUCAACGGCAUCAAUCCUGCCUUGGAAAGAUUUUGCUCAAAUCCGGACCACAGCCGUUUUGAGCGCGACGCACCGCCGCUGUUUGUCCGUACUUCCAUCUGGCGAGUCCCAGGCAUGGCUGCAGCCACGCCUGAUGACGGUGCCUACGAACGCAAGAUGGAGGAGCUUUUCGCGCCGCAUCUCGACCAUAUGGAGCAAGAGAUCGCAUUAGGUACAGCACAAGGCAUUCGGCUGUACCAUCCCAGUGCAGUCUACGCGAGGGAAGAAAAGUUCGAGAUCCAUCGCAUGGCGAACAGUGUGGAUUCUUGCAGGCAUAAAUACGUCGAAGGUGCGUCGGGCGUACGGCGACUACGAGUCCUCGCACGGCGAAACAUCAGAAAGCGCUGGAAGAAGAUGGGAGUAUGGAAUCCUGCUUGGGGAAUUCCUUGCCGGGAGCCAUCGGAGCCCAAUGACUCGACCUGGGAUUGGAGAUGGGAGUGGCAGCACGGCGAGUUUGCCGCCAAAGCAACAUCCUUAUCCUCCCCCGCGGCAAAGACACACCCCCCUCCCCUUUCUCACCUGACUGAGCAAACAUCGCCCAGCGAGGCAGUGUCUUUCAUCGCAUCUCGGCCGUGGUUUGUGUUUGGCAUUGAGCAAACUGAGUGGGAGACGAGACUUCUCCGACUUCCUACAGUUCGAGAUAAAAAAUACGUUCCAUCAGUCCCGUUGCUAUGGCAAAACAGAGGGGACCGAAGAUUGAAAAAUGAUUCUUCGAAACCCAGGCUACCAAUUGGCUGGAAAUGGCGCCAUGAGAGUCCUUCGCCUGAUCAUGAAGAUGCUAGCGGAAGUGGCUGCCUGAUAGCGGACCUGCUUGGGAUACAUCUGCGGCAAGAGAGAACAUCCACUUGGAUCAUGAUGCCAUGGAGCUGA